CCUAGUUUCCUCAGUGUUUAACUGCUGCUGCUGUAUGGUAUUAAAUCAACACUAACAUACAAAUACAUACAUAAUUCUGUAAUAUUUAAGGCAAUAUGAACGCAGAGGAGCAAGAUGAAACUCACGGCAGUGCAAAUAAAUGUCCAGUUUCGACGCCGGAGGGAAACGACACGAAGAAAGGAGCAGUAAAAAGAACUCCAUUCUCAAAGUUUAAGAGAGUACACUCCCACUUCAAAUCACCUCUUCAAGUAAUGGACGGUGCUAAAGUUAGCCUUGCAGAGGAGGUGGCAGAGCUGGAGAGGAGAAGAGAGCAGUUGGACACAGAGAUAGCACAGCUGGAGGCUGAGGGAUUCAGAGUAGACGAACUGGAGCAUCAUAUUGACAUGUUGCAUGAAUACAAUGACAUCAAAGACAUUGGACAAUCACUCCUGGGCCGUAUUGCUGCUCUGAGGGGGACCACCACACGAGAUCUCUACACACACUUUGGUCUUGAACUGGAUGACUGAAACAAAAAUGGAAAAUUCGACGGUGACACUGGUCGCUCACACCACAGGGAGACGGGAAUAAAGUCAACAGACUAUAGAGAGCGGUUUGAGUAUUUGGAAAUGGACUAAAGGUUGCGACUGGAGCAACUGUGAGUCUCCUUCAGGGAGCCUCAAGGUGAUUUAGAUUUUACCUCUUCGCAGAGAGAGAUUUGAUUAUUGGCAGCAGAAUGGGGUUAGUCCAGGAGACAGGGAUGAUAUUUAAAACAUGCUGGCUGUUCAAACAUUUAAGUGACACUACAGAAAUGUUUAUGUGGCUUUUUCCAGCCCUCUGCUCAUCGUGGUUGUGCUGGAAUAUAAACGCUAUUGAGGCAUAACUUUGAAAGGGCUUGUUAUGUCUGAACAUUUGAGCUCACCUAAAUGGAGUUUAGAUAAAAAUGUGGAUGAAUGUAGCUUAUUUCUCUAACUUUAGAUGUGUUGAAGUGUUAAAGUGUGAAUUAAAAAUGUAUUAUUUUCAUGUUUAAGUAAAUGCGUCUAAGUGAAAGUACGACUGUUCAAAACAGAUGCGGUUUGUU